AGGAGCGUCCAGCUGUGGCAGAGAUGCGCCAGGCACUGCCCGCCCUGCUGCUCCUGCUCUGCUGCCCCUGGGCCAGGGCCAGUGCUCUGCGGGCUCGGAUUGUGGGGGGCCACGAGGCGCAGCCCCACUCCCACCCCUACAUGGCGUACCUGAAGAUAGCAGAGCUGGGGGGCUGUGGGGGCUUCCUGGUGGCCCCUGACUGGGUGAUGUCAGCUGCACACUGCCUGGGGAAUAUCACAGUCAUCCUGGGAGCUCACAACAUCCAAGAAGCAGAAAAAACCCAGCAGGUCAGGGGAGUCCUCAAGUACCAUGAGCACCCUGAAUACGACCCUGACACGAUGGAAAAUGACAUCAUGCUGCUCCAGCUAACAUCAAAGGUCACUUACAAUGACUACGUCCAGCCCAUCCCACUGCCCAAGAGUGGCAGCGACCUCCCCACGGGCACCAAGUGCGUGAUCGCCGGCUGGGGGCUGAUCGACCAGGAGAGGGCCACCAACAAACUCUUUGAGACCAAAGUCUCCAUCUACAGCCGCAGGAAAUGCACCCUCUUCUACCCACACCUUGAUUCUGGCAUGAUCUGUGCAGGCAGCUUCCACGAGCUGAAGGAUUCCAGCCAGGGAGAUUCCGGUGGCCCCCUGGUAUGUAACAAAGUGGCACAUGGGGUUGUGUCCUUCGGCUACAGCUCCCCACCCGGGGUCUACACCCGCAUCUCCAACUACCUGCCCUGGAUCAAAAAAGUCAUGAAGAAGUAGCAGCAGUGGCAGCACUUUUCUCCAGCUCUGGUGUGGCCCUGGAGACUGCAAUAGCUUCCUUCCUGCCCCUGCUGAGGGCUCAACUCCCUCUCUCUCCUCGGGAACCCGAGUGACCUGAUCAGUGCGCUUGAGGGUCCCCUGUACCCUGCUCUGAGGCUGCUGCCUGUCCCAUUCCCUGCCCACCUCAGGACUGAGUUAAAUCACCCUGGCAGAAGCAGGGAUGGCACAAAAACAGGCUGUGCCCCAGCAGACCCCACUUCCUUCAGAGAUAACCCUGUUCCUGCUUGAACCUGCUGCCCUUAAAGCACCCACAGUAAAC